UUGAUAUUAAAAGUGAAACACAAUGUCCGUAGUGAGGAAAACAAAGAUCGUCACAGAACCUUAACUUCUGCUGCCGAAGGAAACGAUGUCGUUUUGGUCUCUCGUUCUUCCAUCCUCUCCUUCUCUGUCUGCUAACCUCGUUAAGCCUCAUAAUGGCUACGGAAGGCUCGAUCGUUACCUCGUUCGAGCUUCUUCUUCCGAUGUUCCAGAUUUCCUCUCUGCGGAUUGGUUGGAGAGUCGUAGGAAACGUCCUUUUGGCCCCAGACUUGAUUUUAGUGCGGAAGAUGCUGUUCGACAUCAGCUUGAUGCAUUGAAGUAUAACGACCAUCCUCGUUAUGAUUAUGGCAUCGAGGUCAUGUAUCGGUUUGCUGGAUUCGACCCGUUUGAGAGAUCCACCUACUUCGGUCCUUUCUUUGAUCUAGGACAGUUUGAAAGGUUUCGGCGUAUUUUUCACCACUCGUCUUACCGUGUGUUGCUUGGCCACAAGGAUAGAAAGAUCUUAAGCAGUUUACUCGUUGAAGAGAACCGUUUCAAGCAGAGGAUUUGGAUUCAAGGAACUCGGCCUGAGGAAGAAGAGAUUUUUGAAUUCACUAUGUUCCAGCGGAUAGGCGGUUCAUGGGAUGGUUAUUGGUUGACGGAGAGCUUGCUUCAUGAUGGAGAUGUGUUUUCAGGAGGGAUGGCUUACUGAUUCAUUUCCUUUUCAGGUUAUCUAUAUUUCUUCGGUCAGAUCAUAUACGUAAAUAUUGAGACACAGCUCUGUAAGCUUAUGUUAAUAUUAUACGCAAUUAGUAACAUAUGUUUUUAUCUAAGCUGUGUUGUUAAACAAAACGGAUAUAGGAAAUAUCAUCUCACCUCCGCACAAACCAUUCUCUUCUCUGUUCAUAAAAUUUUGGUAUCAA